UGCAACGACACUAAGACAGACCUACCGCAACGUCGCCUGUGCGCUUACCUCCACGGAGUGUUUUGUAUUGGAGUAUAGCUAUAUUUCAAAGGUUUGUAACAAGAUGCCUUCAACCGUAGUAUUCUGCCUGAUGUGCCUCGUCACUCUAUCAGUCGCAGCAGAGCCGUUCGAAUAUUUCAAAGACUUAGUUUGCAAGAACUUCCGAUGCGGCGACGACAUAUGUUUAAAACAGAAAAUGUGGUGUGAUAUGUGUUCCUGUUCCGAUGCAUGCUCGAAGGUCAAAUGUGGAUCUGGUCAAGUGUGCAAGACGGUCAAGUCGCGAGGCUGGUUCGCUAGAUCAGUAGCAACAUGUGUUGACAGCACUGAUGCUCAAAGGAAAAUCGAAGCAACAACAACUAGAAGACCUACGACCACGUCUACAACAACUACAACCACCCCGCCAGCAACCAUCUUCCAAAGGAGCAGCGAUAUCUGCAACAACGGACGUCCCUGCACGUCAGAUGCCGCUUGCGACUUCGGCGACUCCUGCCUACUAACCCCGCAGGAGGUGACCGGCACGUGCUGCAAGAAGGAAAUUGUCAACCUGAGGCCACGGUGCCGGGAGGCAAUGAGGACUGGGCCAUGCAGGGCUGGCUUCCAGAAGUACUUCUACAAUGUCACCUCCUCCAAGUGCCAGGGCUUCUUUUACGGAGGGUGCGACCCCAGCGAGAACAACUUCGACUCGAUGGAGGGAUGUCAACAAGAAUGUGAGAAUCCAUGCCUGCUUCCCCUGGACUCUGGUAUCUGCAGAGCCAUCCUACGCAACUACUUCUACAACACUACAUCUAAGCAGUGCGAGGAGUUCUACUACGGAGGAUGCGGAGGGAACGAGAACAACUGGAAGUCACUUGAAGAAUGCCAGCAAAGAUGCAUGUCUGCGUGAAGACCUCGUUGAUCAGAAGAACGUUCUUGCCUGCGUCAUAUGGCAUCGUGAUCAUGUCUCUAGUCCUGGGUUGAACAGAUAUUGGUGCCAAAGGAACCAGGUGUUCUGAAAUAAGACUAUUGUCUGUCAGCUUAAAGCUUAAGGACAUCUUGUACGUAUCAUUUUACGAGAAGCCUAUAGUUAUCAAUGUACACACAUAAUUCGACGAAGAAUCAAUGUGCUUAAAAUCAUUAUGGACGCAUCGAAUCGUGUAAAGGUUUCAAAAUAACUGUCUGUUCCAAUUCAGUUUUGUCAACUUCUACAAUUUUUCAUUUUGUUUUGAAACCUUUUAAAGGUUUUGGGUUUUUGAAUCAUGUACAUAAUGUUUAGUGUAGAAUAUUAACUUUUAUACCGGUGCUAAUGUAUGAAUGUGCGAGAAGGGUUGUUUAAAAAAUCAUUUUUUUUUAAAUAUCAUGUAUCAUGUUUCGAAAACUUUGAGAAAUGUUUUGUCCAUCAACGUAGUUUAAAAACAUCCAGAUCAAACUGCUGCAAAUUGUUCAUUACAUCCAGUCUACUUUGAAGUAAAUACCAUUAAUGGCUAGCACAAUAUUGUUUAUAUGUUUAUACAUUGAUGCUGGCCGUCCAAUGUCUGAGUGUGAGCGUUAUAUUUGACUGAAUGGAAUAUGUCAAAUGGGAUGUAUACCAACUGUUUAUAUUAAAAUGUUGUACAGAAAUAAAUUGUUGUGAAACCCACGAGAA